AUGCAGCCCAUAUUGAAUUUUGUGCUUCUAACCGUGUUCCUUUGUUACGGACACGCUGAAGAUGGCAAACUGCCACCCUACAUAAAGAAAUGCAACUUCAAAGCCGAGGGUUUCACCGAGUGCGUGAAGGAACAAAUCGAAAACAGCCUUCGUCCUUUCACAAAAGGGAUCCCAGAACUGGGGGUCCCCUCGACGGACCCGGUUAUUUUGGAAGACAUCAACAUCGAUGGAAAUGGUUUGAAGUUGACUUUCACGGAUGCUGCCAUGCACGGACUCAGUAACAGCAAACUGACGCAAUUAAAAGUGGACAUCGGUCACGAAGAGGAGGAAUUCAAUUUGGCUUUCAAGGGUAACCUAAGUUUGACCGCAAAAUACAAUAUCGACGGAAAGAUCCUUAUUCUACCUAUUCAGGGGAAUGGUGAUGCAUUGGUUAAAGCCCAGAACAUUGAGGUGAAUAUCCAAAGCAAAUUAGUCCACGUGAAAGACAGCAAGGGACAAAACCACCUGAAACUCGUUACGCCCAACUAUAACUACGACAUCCAAAGCACAACUUUCGACUUAAAGAACUUGUUUAAUGGUAACAAGGAACUAGCUGAAACAACUCUUACUUUCGCCAACCAAAACUGGAGACAGCUGAUGGAUGAUUUGGCGCCGCCCGUAGUGAAGCAAAUCGUUCGUACAGUCGUCAAGGCAAUAAACAAGUUCUUGGGCAAAGUACCAAUUCAUGAGAUGAUCGAUGGUUAUAAU